AUGGGGCCGGCAGAGGAGAACUUGGCGCUGGUGCGCCGGAUGUCUCUUUUUUGGGAGCCACACAUGGCAGUGCCAGUCAUUCAGUGGCUGCGUUCACAGCAGUUGUUGGAAGAAAGCAGCUGUGAUGCACUACUAGAGUCUAUUCUUCCUAAGACGCCAGAGGGCAUUGCCCGGAGGUUGCGGGAGCUGGUGCAGCAGCAGGGUGGUGCGGCGGAGGAGCCCGAGCAGCAACUGCAGGAAUGGGAGCAGCAAGGCGCAGCUUUGGAGGAAGUUCUGCAAGCCUUUAAGGGGGAACAACAGAGGAAGAUAGGAAAUCAGCUCGAAAGGAAGAGACUUAGGGACAUCCUACAAUGGCACUACCAGAACCGAGAAGAAGGGAGUGAGACGCCCAACUUGGCCGAAGUCCCACGCGUUGAGAUGGUUCCAGUGCGUCUGGCUCGCGUGGCCUUCUCUCUAGGAGACUACAAGAAGGCACUGCAUCAUCUUGACUUCUACCUGAACACGCUCUCCGAGCUAACCAGUGACAGCGGCGACAUGCAGACCCCAGUGUCUUGCGUGUGGGGCAUUUGCUGCUGCAUAUUGUUGCUGACCCUCUCCGAUACCGCUGGGGACUUCCCUAAGGGACAGCCCUCCAAUGCGGAGAGCGAAGAGGCGCUACUACAGCAGUUGCAGGAUGGGGAGGAUGGCAAAGAGAAGGCACUGGGAGCAGUUGAAGCACACGGCGCGGCGCGCUGCAUCCUUCGUCUCGGCGAUAUUUUGGAUCAGUCCCAGUUGGCUGCAUCGAAAGCAGCAGCGGGGAUAGGACCAGAGACUCCCAUGAGCAAAAUAUUUUCUCGGGAGCAGCAGCUGCAGCAAAGGGCUUGGCUGCUGCACUGGGCCAUGUGGCUGCUCUUGCGGUACUAUUUGCUUCUCACCUACGCGAAGGGGCAGUCUUGCAGAAACCAGGCAUGGUCAGCACUAUUGGACUGGGUCGUUCAGGAGCGUAACCUCACCUGCGUGCACUUGCUUUGCCCCCACUUGCUGCGGUACUACGCCGUUUAUGCCAUAAUGAAUCGCAAGAGAAAGGAUCAUUUCCAGGCCAUUGUAGGGGCAAUUGGCCACACAAAGAACAAAUACACCGAUGCUUUUACGUCUUUGCUGGAGGCGCUUUUCCUUGACUUCAAUUUUGAUGAAGCCCAAAAGCACAUCACCAGCAUUUCUGAAUUGUGCGAGACCGACUUCUUCCUGGAGCCUCUGAAGGGUGCAGUGAACGAACAUGCUCGUUUGCUCAUCUUCGAAACCUACUGCCGAAUUCACAAGCGAAUAAACGUGGAGAUGAUUGCCAAGAAGGUCAACAUGGUGCCAGAGGCUGCGGAGCGCUGGAUUGUCAAUUUGAUUCUUCAUGCAAGACUAGAGGCCCGUAUUGAUAGUGAAAAGAACCGUGUGCAAAUGGCAGGGGCUCCCCCUAGUCUGUACCAGCUGGUGACGGACAAGACCCGUAACCUGGGCAUGCGCACAAGUCUUCUGAUUCAGAAUCUCGGGAGGCCAGGGUACAACAGAGACGAGGAGGCGAAUGCGGCGAGAGGCAGUGGGCGUGGCAGAGGUAGGGGCAGAGGGUGGGUACGAGGAGGCGAGCAGGGGCGCGACGGAUUCUACAGAGGUCAGAAGACGUCCAGCGUUGUAACAUCGGGCUUCAAUUUUAGAGGCGGCAGAGGGGCUUUCAGAGGGGCUUCUCAAGGCGGUCUGGAGACGCGCAAGAUCUCCCCACUCACGGGAUCUGCAUUCAUGCCCUAUGUUUUCCGGCUUCUUUUGUUUGUCUUCAGGAUUAAGUAUUUGAAUUUGUUCGCCGGAGGAAGCCUGGGGGAUGACCACCCCGAAAAUAGCAGUUUCAGCAACGGCAGCCGUCGCUCCCGUUCUAGUUAA